UAUCCCCUUGAGAAUCUCCCAAUUCCGGAUUUGAAAUCUGUUAUAUACAUUGCGCUGAGCGCCCAGCACCACAUUAAUCAUGUCUCUUUCACAAGGGGCCAUUCGGGCCACGACCGAUGUCGAGCGCAUCGAGGCGCCCGUGACGUUCAAGGCGUACAUGAUGUGCGCCUUCGCCGCCUUUGGAGGUAUCUUCUUCGGAUACGAUUCAGGUUAUAUCAACGGUGUCUUGGGUAUCCCAUAUUAUAUCCACCUUCAAACGGGCCUCCCUUACUCGCUGCUCGACGACGAGGCCACCAAGGACCAAUUCGCCAUCCCGUCAUGGAAGAAGUCGCUGAUCGUCUCCAUUCUUUCGCUCGGAACCUUCUUGGGUGCCAUCAUUGCCGGUGACCUGGCUGAUUUCAUCGGUCGUCGAACCACCGUCAUUUUCGGCUGCCUCGUCUUCCUCGUCGGUGUCGUUCUCCAAACCGCAUCUAACUCCGGCCUCGGGCUGAUCAUUCCCGGUCGUCUGAUCGCCGGUUUCGGGGUCGGCUUCGUGUCCGCCACCAUUAUCCUGUACAUGUCGGAGAUUGCGCCUCGGAAGAUCCGCGGCGCGCUGGUCUCCGGAUACCAAUUCUGCAUCACCAUCGGCCUGCUGCUUGCGUCGUGCGUCGCGUAUGGCACCCAGGAUUUCACCGACACCUCCUCCUACCGCGUCCCAAUCGCACUGCAGAUGCUCUGGGCCAUCAUCUUGGCGAUCGGGCUCUUCUUCCUCCCCGAAUCCCCGCGCUACUUCGUCAAGAAAGGCAACCUCGAGAGGGCCCGCGGCGUCCUCGCCCGCGUCCGUGGCCAGGCGGUGGACUCCGAGCUGAUCGAGCAGGAACUGGCCGAGAUCGUCGCGAACCACGAGUACGAAAUGCAGGUGAUCCCGCAGGGCAGCUACUUCAGCAGCUGGGCGAACUGCUUCAAGGGCAGUCUCUGGAGGCCGAACAGCAACCUCCGCCGCACCAUCCUCGGCACCUCCCUCCAGAUGAUGCAGCAAUGGACCGGCAUCAACUUCAUCUUCUACUUCGGCACUACCUUCUUCCAGCAACUCGGCACCAUCGACAACCCCUUCCUCAUCUCCCUCAUCACCACCCUCGUCAACGUCCUCUCCACUCCCCUCUCUUUCUGGGCCAUCGAGCGGUUCGGCCGUCGCCCGCUGCUCAUCUGGGGUGCGCUGGGCAUGUUGAUCUGCGAGUUCAUCGUCGCCAUUGCGGGCACCGUCGAUGGCGAUAACCCGCACACCGUCAAGGCUAUGAUCUCCUUCAUCUGCAUCUACAUCUUCUUCUUCGCCACCACCUGGGGACCGGGCGCGUGGGUCAUCAUCGGCGAGAUCUUCCCGCUUCAGAUCCGUUCGCGUGGCGUCGGUCUCUCUACGGCAUCCAACUGGCUCUGGAACUGCAUCAUCGCCGUCAUCACCCCCUACAUGGUCGACAAGCAGUACGGCGACCUCAAGGCCAAGGUCUUCUUCAUCUGGGGCGGCCUCUGCAUCUUAUGCUUCUUCUACGCCUACUUCCUCAUCUACGAGACUAAGGGCCUAUCGCUCGAACAGGUCGACAAGAUGAUGGAGGAGACGACGCCUUUGACGAGCGCGCACUGGAAGGCGACCACGACGUUCGCGGCGGAGAUGGGGUUGACGGACAAAGGCACGCUCAGGGCGGAGGUGCCGCAGGAGUCGGAGAAGAAGGAACCCGGAUCGGUUGUUUGAUUAGAUCUUUGGAUCUUUUGGGAUUUAUAGCCAGUGUUCUUGAGUUUAAUUGGGUGAGGUGUGGGUGAUCUGCUGUACUUCGGUUCGAGCGAUGGAUGGGAGGCGAUGCUGAGCAUGAGAUUAGUUGGUUGAAGAGUCCAUGAAACUGUCUACUAUAAGUAUUACCUUUGUUCGCAGAAUUUAAUAAUAGCCCGGGAGAGGGAAUCCAGGAGAGGUACAUUGAGAUGCGUCAAAUACACCCCACCAACUUUCGAAUUAUACACCGAUCACGUGAUGUAGGAAUCCUGUGCUAUGAUUGGUCUAUAACGAAACAGAUGUUUAUCACGUGACUUAAUCAGUCACCGCG